AAUUCAGUUCUUAUUGGCAAGUUUUCGAGUGCUACAUUUGUAACCCGCUCGGGACGACACACUGUUGAUUUCGUGUCCCAACAACUAGACCAUUCAAUAUUAGGCUACUACUAUCAUUGAUUGCUAUCGGUUGUCUUCAAUAAUAAAUGUGGAUGAGUUAUAUGUACUUAUCAGCUGUGGAUACUCCUAUAGCACACAAAGUACCUUAAUACGAUAGAAGGAUCCACUUAAUUCCAAAUCUCAACGCUUUUUAAUUAAUUGACUGAUUUUCUCGUAUGAGUUUUCAAUGAACAAGUCUUCAUCAUCUCACAUUCCAUUACCAAUACAAAGCUUCCUAUUUUCCCAGACAUGUUCGUUUUUGCAGAAACCUUCAGCAAGGGACGGGGUCUGUACUACUUUUGAGAAGGUUUUAGUGCAAAAUAUACUACAUGGUCGAUCAAUAGUUCUGUGCGAGGCUAUACAUUCAAUAAGCAGAUGGAAAUUUGUGAAGGCUGCAUUACCUCACGUACUUCAUUGUGGUGCUAUAAUGCUUCGGGAAAAGUUACGGGACAAAUUUGCUGCAGAUCUACCUCAUCAAAAACAUACAUUAAACAGUUGUGGAUUGUCUCACGACCGAACUCGAUUGAUCUUCAGUCAGACAGAAACAAAGUUACUCUACACACUUCACUGGAUUCUAUUAGACGCCGCUUCAGAGUGUGAGGAUGCAGAACUAGAGGCUUCUAAUCAUCCAGCUUCUAUACCAAAACAUUCAACUGAUCGUUAUGUUCACGACUUGGCGUCACUUCAAUUAUUCAUCUAUUUAUAUGCUCCAAUUAUUGAGCAACUUAAGUCAACCGAUUUCGAUACUCUCAAGUUAGAAGCAGGAUUACGAUUAUGGAUCCCAUUAAUGGAAUAUUGUCAACCAAAUCGUGGGACAUUAUCAUCACCUGUUAAAUUUUUUACUCAUGAUUCAAAUAUACUAUCUCGGCCAGUGGUAUUAAAUAUUGAUGGAAUAGAAAGUCCUAAAACGUCAUUCAUUUUAGACGAUUAUAUCAAGAGAAAAUUUGUGAGUUUGGAAACUUCUGAAGAAAUACCUACGAAUGUUCAUACUGUUAAUAUAUCGGAUAAAGGUUCUGAAAUCAAUAAUAAAUUACCAUCAGCUGUUAAAUCAUUCGAAUUGCUAGUUGACAGUGCUUCUAUCCCUCAUGUUGAAGCCAAUUCAGAUGAAUCAGUAAGUAGUGCAAUAAAUAUUCCAGAUAACUAUCAGCCUUCACUGACCCAUGCGCAUAAUGCAACUGGGCAUAUCUUACGUAUACAACCCCCAAAAGCCACUCCUGAAUACCUGGAUGAUGAGGAAGAAUUUAGCGAGGAGACCAAUUCGGAAGCUGCAGCCACGGGAACGAUGGCUACAACGGUAGUUGUGCCAGACAUGUCUCCACCAAAGCAAGAACAAGAACAUGUAGCCCCAGGAUUCGAACGCAUUCAAAAAUUUUUAAAUUCAUUCAUGGAUCCGUAUAAACAAUUAUCUGAAAAGUUGAAAUAUUCUGUAGCCGACAGUGAUUUCAUUCAACCAUCUGUUGGAACUUAUUGUAUGUUUGCUACACAUUGUGAUCUGGCUGUAAUACGGUGCUUAUACUGUCCUGAAUGGAGUGAAUCCGGUAUCUAUUGGUCACUAUGCUAUUUAUUCAAUCGUUUAUUGCAAAUACGCUCAGAAUGGAUUAAAAUUAAACCGAAUAACCGUAAAUUAUUAAGGUUACGCAGAGGCAAUCUUCCGUCUGAACACUUGUUUAAAUGGAUACCAGGAUUGUGGUCAGCAGCAUCGUCACAUCAAGCAAGGAUAAAUCAUAUCACUGGAGAAAUGGUAAAAGAGAUUCGAAGCCUUUCAUUACCUAAUAUAUCGUCGAGGUGUAUGUCAAGUAUUUGUCAGCAUAAUCCAAGUGAACAGUGCAACAGAGAAUUUGGAAAAGACAGUAAAAACAAUGACUUAAAUCAACAUAAGCAUACAGAACAGCAGGAAGAACUUUGUGAAGCUCAGUCGAAAAGUACUAGUAACAUCAUCCAAUCAUUCCCUGGAAAUAGUAAUACUCCUUCCUCGAUCAAACAUUCUACCAUAUCAAGUAAUUUGGAUGUAUCGUUAAAUCGUAAAGGUAUAUCUUGCAUAGUUGGAUCAUCUGCAUCUUUGUUGAAUAUUGAUAAGUCUGAAUCUAACCUUAUGAAAUUAGAAUGCUCAAAAGAUAGGGCGCAACAACAAUGGCAGCCGCAGCAACUUAAUACUACUCCUGUACUAACUGAUAUUGGUCUCAGUGAUUCAUCAUUUACGCUUCCACUGCCGAUUGUUAGCUUUGGAGGUCAACAACACCAAAACCAACAGCAGCAACCCGCGUGGAGAGGUUCUAAGCGUUCAAGAAUUACUGAUAUUAAGGAACGUUUUACUCGGGCGUCUAAGUUCAAAUCUGGGGAUGCAAGUAUGAAAUUUCAACCUUUGUCUUCCAUUGAAGCAUCUGGCAUGACUGGCAUAAAUACCCUGAUCGAAUGUGAUCAGCCAUCAGUAAUGACAGGGGAAAAACAAGUCUUCUAUCCACAGACAAAACGAUCGGUUCAAACAGGAGGGGAAAAUCGACGGCUACCGCCAAAUGAAAAACCGUCUCAAGGUUUCGACACAACAAGUAACGAUUCUGAAGCUAACAAACGUGAUCCACCAGUUUCGUCCAAUGCUUCUUCCCUUCAUAUUGGACUUAAACUUGGUUUGCCACCUUGUACACCUUCAAUAGCAGUGGCUAAUAAACCAGUUGAUAACACAGAUACAGUUUCAAAUGAUGAACAGUUAUUUGCUAAGACACUUCCUCGCAGUCUCACUGAUUCAGAUAUAAUAUAUCAUAGCUCAGAGAAGGUCGAUGAAGUCCCAGGAGCUGCAUACUAUAUCACACCUAAUGGUCAUUUAGAUUAUUCUGUUAUUUUGAGAAGUCUUUAUUGGUGUAGCACAGUGCACACGUCGAGUCGUGUUUGUUUCAACUUGGUUAGCUGUUUGAGUGUUUUAUUUGAUUUGGGAAUCUUCGACAUGAAGCCCGGAGCCUGCUCGUUAAAAAAUGUUUCUUUUGAAAAACCCGGCCAUCUCAGACGAUUCCGAAAAAAAAAUCAUUAUGAGAGAAAUAAGUGUUCGAAAUCCUCUAAGACACCUAUUCUCAAUAAACUUGUGGCUAGAGAAAGCCAUACUAACUCAAAUUUCAACAACCGAGGUGGAUAUGAUAGCUCAAAUUUACAUUCAGGCAGUAAAGUUAGACUACAUGAUUCAACUGUGGGAUUUUCUUCCUCAAACUUAAGUUCCUCUAGAGUUUCUGUUGGGAUUUGCAGCGAGUCUCAUGGAAGUGAAAAUGGGGACGACGGGAACGGUGAUUUAGUAUCAAAAAGGCAAUUUUCUAGUAGAGCUGAUAACGAAUCACUAAUAAGCGAGGACGGCAUUACGUCUUCUGUUUGCGCAAAAGAUUUCAGUCCACUCGGGAGUCCUCAAUCAUCCAUAGACCUCGAAAAAGAUCCUUGUUCAACCCCACGGAUAAAAUCGUCAGGAAAUAUUCAACCUAGGCUGCGUAAUAACGAAAAAUUUAUGUCUAAAAGUGCGUAUCGACCGAAGUCUCGUGUUCAACAGAAGCAAGUAUUGAGCUGUGAUAUUUCUAAUCAUCUGAUCCGUACGCAUUUUACUUUAGCAGCUGAGAUGUUGAUAAGAAUUAUUCGUUCAGUUGGAUGUAGACAUGGGCACAGUAAUUCACCGAAUUUCAUGAAUCACCAUUAUCACCAUCAACAAGAGGAGCAAGAAAACUCUGUAGAUCCAAACAACCAUUUUCGAUCGCUUACACAUGACUGUCUUAUUUAUCUACACCAAUUAAAUCCUAAUUUGUUUAAACGCCUAAUAAUACGAAUUGUAUCUUCAAGUACUGUUGCCGAUUUAGUUGAAAUACUUCAUUCGUUCACCGGGUUUUGUUUAGAUCCAGUUACACGUUGUUAUGAACAUUCAGAUCAAAACAGAAAAUCUUAUUUAAAUUAUGGAAAUAGUUUUGGGGAGAAUGUUACUGGUCAAGAUACACGUGGAGCUGAAGGUUUGAUUGUAUCUUAUUUGUUCGGCCCGUUUGUCCGGCGCUUAGUCAGGUGCAGACGUGAACUAAGCAGUCAAGAGAAUGUUUCUCUAUUUUCUGACAUACGACAAUUAUUCACAUAUAUUCGCGAAAUUCACGGCAGUACAUUUCGAAAAAACAUGUUAGUUGCUCUACUGUGUCCAAUGCAAAGAAUAUGUGAGGUUACUACCCCUAAACCUUCAACUCCAUUGCCGAGAAUGUCAGCAAGAAACUCUAUGUGGCUUGUGCCUCGUCAUGACAAAAGGCGUUCGACUUUCAACGUAUUUAUUGAACCUUUGACAGAAACAGAAAGCUAUUCAAGUGGUCACAGGGAAAGUUCAUGGUACAAUUUGUUAAGUAGACCGUCGACUGCUGGAAGAAAUGUGAGAAUACAUAGUAACGGAAGUUCAUCAACAAUAGCAACGUCAUUUGAAAAUGAAUAUCCUAGUCGAUCUAAGUCAGAAUGUCCUACCACUGAUCAGUCGACGGGUCAAAUGAUAAUUGAACACCGGUGGAUUAAUUUAUCAGCGCUGAAAGAAGGUCUAUUUGAUUUCGCUUUCCUGUUAGACUGUUGUGAACCAGGUUUAAUACCAGAACCACAACUUAUUGCAGCUCUGUUUGACUUAGAUGCUCCAGUGCUAGCGCGGGCUUGCCUACUGCUAGAAUGUGCCUUUUUAGUUCACCGUUGUAAUCGAGGCGAAUGGGCUGGAUGGAUGAAAUUCAAUCUACCCAGUUCAUUUCGAUCGAGCGCUGGAUUCAUUAGUAGUAAUACUACUAAUAGCAACAAUAAUCUUUCACAAGCAAACGAAAAUACUAAUAACAAUAAUCAUCCAGUGGAUAUAUCGGAAAUCAAACGUGUAGCUGGUUACCUAUUCUAUGCUUGGGGUGAGGCAUUGGGUCAUAGGUUGCAGUAUUUUACGUCAUUAAUGUCUUCGUCUAAUUCAUCCAUUAUUACAAAUUUGGAUCCAUCUGGUGAUAAAGUUUAUGGAAGUGAUAAAAGCAAAGACGUAAAUUAUCGAUCAAAUGUUGAAAUGGAACAAAACUUUUUGGAUGAUGCGUCAGUUAAUCCAACUGGAGAAAGUUGCCCUUAUGCUUUACUAACUGUUGGUGUUCAAUUGUUGUUUGAGAUAACAACUUAUCUCAGAGAAACACAUCAACGUUUACCACAAUCCAAUCCAAACUACGAUGGAAAAUGUGGCCAAUCAGCACAACAUUCAUCAAGAAACUCAGUGAUCAAACGUUCAUUAACACGUGAAGCGAGUGGUGAUAAGAAAACGGAUACGUUUAAGCACACUUAUUCUUCAGGGAGCAGUGGAGCAUCCUUUAAAGGUGCUAAAAGACGUCUCAGUAUACUAAUGCCGAUAUUUGGUAGUGCAGGUAACAAUAGCCCUGAAGAUGGUAUCACAAAUGAAAUAGAAAAACAUUCAUCUUCAUCUGUAAAACCUGUAAUAACUACCAGUACAGAUAAAUCUAUAAGUGGACGUCGAGGUACUUCAUCCAGACGUAUCAGUUUUGCUGUAAUGGACGAUUCUAAGGAUAUAUCUGAUUCUACAAAUGCAAGUGCAAAUUAUCUGGAUCAAUCAUUAGAAGCAAAUGAAUCGCAACAUCGUUUAUCAGUAAGCAAAGGCCUUCUUCAGAAACAUCGAGGCUCCGGGAGUUUUAGGUAUUUUAGUGCUCACGGGUCUGAUUUGUCUAAUGUGUUUGAACAGCACCCUAGUCUUAUAGGACAGAUUAAUCGAACCAGUAGUGGUGAUAUCUGUACUGACGUUUUUGACGAUUCAACUGAUAACCCUGGAACUCCAGUUUCUGAGGAUGAUAAUCAAGACGUUUAUCAUGAAGAACGAAAUUUGCUGCAAAUGAAUCAUGUCAAUAAAAGUCUAAUUCACUCGAAUCCUUUACGUUUAAAAUCAAGACAAGGCCAUCAUUCUAGGUACGAUGAAACAAUCAAGUCCCAUACAUCUGUACGACGAUCCGUAUCAGCUGCCCUUUCUGCAAAGAAGUCUUUGAAAUCUAAUACAUUGCAUCAUGCCUUAGCUUUUGGGGAUAAUGAAACUUAUCAUGUGCAUGAUUACACAUCUCAUAUGCCGUGGGUUGAUGCUGUUAUAGAAUUUGCAAAUUAUACCAGUUUUAAUUGUGAUCAUCAAAAUUCAUGUGCUUCAAAUUGUUUUGAAUAUCAGCAGCACCAAUGCCGAAACUUAUUGAAUGCAAUGAAGCAGGUUUAUGAAUCAGAAACUGAGAGUAAAUUUGUUGUAUCUGUUGAUCGUCAGUAUUUAUAUUCUUUAAGUACUGUAAGUACUACCUCUACAUCUACAACUACAAGUGCAACACUUAAUCGUGGUUUAAAUGUAACCUGUGAUACAGGUACAACUUUACCAGUAUCGUCUAAUGUAAUUCGUCAACAUAGAUCAAAUAAUUCACGCUCAGAAAACUCUUCUGAUCAAGAUUCUUCACAUCUAGACUCUACAGAAGAUUUAUCCGAUUCAGAUGUCAUACAUCAACAACAAGUUAAUCCAGCACAUAUGAAGAAUAAAAUUAACACACUAAAAAGUUUACCAAAUAUUGUUCAAUCCAAAGACAGUUUAACUGGAUUAGGCAAAUCAACUGAUAAUGAUCUUGAUGUCAAUAAUUUUCUUUUAAUGCAUCAGGGUGCACUGACAGCAAGUAGCGGUAGUGAUUUUUGGAAAGCCAGAUCAAAACUGUUUAUAAAAUCUGCUAAAAGAAAAGAAUCUAAUAUAUUUGGGCCAAGUUCAAGCCGUGAGAACAUGAAUCUACUGACCAAGAUUCGAAUGAAAUCAUUCAACCGUUCAAUAAAUCCAAGCUCGUUUGAGAAUGAUACUCCGGGCUUGACAGGACUAAUUAAUCUGAGUAUGUUAGCUGGAGCAGGUGCGGGAUUACUGAAGAGUUCUCGUCAAAGUAUUAGUCUGAAUCCACCACUGCUUGGGAUUGAGGCUGACGAAGCAAGUGAAACUUCACCAGGUUUUGAAGAUGAUGAUGGUUUUAAAAAUCAAAUUAGGAAACCUGUUAGAUUUCGUAAACAUCAUUCAGGCGAAUUACCUAUUCAGUGCUAUUUGGAUACUCAUAUAAAAAAUCUUUGUAGCAGUGGUUUCAAUCUUCUAAAUAAAGCAGCUUUACUACUCACAAAUAAUCAACUAGCCAAAAUGCUUCCGUUGGCUUGGGAGUUGCUGCUAGAAACGGAUACAGAAAUGUCAUCAAGUGCAGCAUGUUUCAUACUUUUCUGUGGUGUACGUUGCCCUCAAAUCGUCCAAGAAAUGAUUCUAGACGAAAUGCGACAUGAAAAACCCACCCAAAGAUUUAAUGCUAUUCUGCGAUUCAGAACUUUAUGGUGUCAUCGUUUUCAUGUUUGGUCGCGUCUUGAAGAAAAUGCAGCUAGUCAGUUAAGAGUACCCCCAUCUUUUAUUGAAUUUGUUUUGCCUUCACCUACACUCGGUUAUCCUGGAUUCGAGGCACCAGAUCCUGUUUGGCAGAUUCGUAAAGGAACAUCAGCUGAAGAGGUUCAGCUAAAACAAAACGAGGCUACGAAAACAUUUGUAACAGCUUCGACAUCUAGGCGUAAACAGCAACAGGAACUUUUGGCUCGUGCAAUAGCAACAGAAACCAUGCGAAGAAGAGAAGCCAGACAGUCGUUUCACUUAACAACAUGCCCAGUUCUGGAACGUGCAACCAUUGAACCAGCUUUCAGUAAAGAACACAGGGAUGAAGGCAACAUUGAUGAUAGCAUCGCGAAUUCUUCAGGAUUUAAUAGCGGAGCCGGUGGUGGACAAAUAGGAGUAUCCAAUUCAACACAAGAUGAAUAUACUGCCGCUGUUCGGAGACUAAGUCUUGCACCAAUAAAUCGGACAGUUCUCAAUCAAGCUCGCAAUUUAUCGUGGCGUCAGAGCUCAAUACCUUGGUUACGGAACAGUGUUAUAGCCCAUGACGAUGAAGACCGUUGGUUAAGUGGAUUUCAUUCUUUAUUCCCAUCACAACCAUUGCAACAAGCUCAGUUGGUCUUUCCAUCUGCUCUAUGCUCUGCAUCAGUUUUACUGAUUAAUCUUUUAGACGAUACAGCUAUAAAUGAGCAUGGAACAGCAGUAAAUACAAUAGCUGAAUAUGUGAUAUUUAAUUGUUUGCUAGAAGAUACACCAUUAUUUUUACGCUUUAUAUUUGAGCGUCUCACACGCAUUAAAAACAAAGAUGAACUUAUAUUUAUUUUACGUAAAAUGAUUCAACGGUUACCUGAAUUACCAAUGCAAACAGCACAUGCUCUGUUCAACAACUUAGUCGGUUAUAUUAUGUUUCAUAUUCGUACACCAAGUUUCAAUGCACCUCAGUCAAUUGCCAGUGCGUUAUCAGUUCUUCAUUUGGUUAUUCCAUACGUCCAAAAUAUCUACUUUAAGGAUCUGAAACAGACGAUGAGAAGAGAACAAAUUGAUUCUACACUUCUACUAACAGCUAACUUACCUUGCGCUAAACAAUUCAACGUGUUUGAUAAUAGCAUUGGUGUUGCUCAACUCGUUCGUUUACAAGACGAAAAUAAGGACUAUCAGUUCGAAGAUAUUCUGAAAGAUGUUCUGUCAGCGAGUGAUGUACUCGAAGAUGAAAGAUGUUCUUACUACCUCUGUGACGAACGUUCUAAUAUUAUACGAAACUCUUCCCAUUACAUUCGUGAUUUCUAUUCAUUUAAACGUAAUCAUACUCCUAAAUUACGCUUGCGUCAAUAUGAUAAGAAACACGGCAUGUAUCUACUGCAACAAAAUGCUCUCAGUCUGAAAUUUCAAGAAAUUGGUAAAGUAUUCUUUACACUGUCAGUACUUCGAUGUACACCAACAGCACAGAUUCCCAAUCACGUUUUUUUCUUACAUGAAGAGUUAACUAAACUGCCAUCAUUUCCACGUAAAGCAUUAGAAUCAGAUUUCAAUCUUUACGACUGGCCUACAUAUGGGCGUCCACUAUUUGCAUUAGAUACAAUACACAAAUUAUCUUGGUGUCAUUUAAUAUCCAGUUUAUUCAUGAUGAUGCCUAAAACUUAUCCGUGGUCAUCAGAUUUACAAAUAUUUUUGAAUGUAUACAAUGGUACACUGAUAUUACAUGCAGAAGACUCAUCAGUUUUACGACAGUGUCUAGCAUUCUUCAUACAGUGCUGUUAUCAAUUCAAAACGGUAUUUGCAACCACAGGCUACUCUGGCAUUGUACCGACACUGGUACGUGUUUAUAACCAAAAUACGCAUAAUCCAGUACUUACACAAGCUAUUGAAUUUACAUUUAGACAAUUUUAUGUAAUGCAUAGAACACCAUUUAUAUUACAACUGCUAGGGUGCAUCGCCAAUUAUGUGAUGACUAAUAAUGAAAUAAUUGGUGUGGGAGAUGAAUUUUAUCGAAUUCAACCGGGAGCUGUAUACAGAUUAUUACGUGUUAUAAGCCGUCCUUUAGAUGAUAACCUUCGUAUUUUGGAAUUGUGUAAUAUUCAAAAGCCGUUGGAAGCUUUGGAUUUUUGUUAUGACGAUGAAGAAGCUAACUGGUCUAUUUUGGAAGUAAUCAAUCUCUGUGUAGCUGUCAUAGUCUAUGCUCCUGAUUCAUAUAGAUCCAGGCAAAUGUUGAUUAUUCUCCAGGCUUUGAUGCCAUUAAUUCUUAAAGAUUUGUCAUACAUAUGUGCAGAAGAAGGCAAUGGUACUGAUCCCAAAAAGGCAGAGUUAACAGCCAUUCAGAAAAUUUCAAUAGCAAUGCGUCAGCUUAUUUCAACAGCCGAAUUCAUGAGCAGGAGAAUUGAGGAUAUCCGUCAACUGAAUUACCUUGCUCCAGGUGGUCCAACGGAAUGUCGUAAAGAAACACCUGGUCUCUUGUUGACUGGAGUAGCCACCAGGCUAGUAAACUAUGAAGCUGCAAAGAGUAACUUCAAGUCAUUGGAUAAAACAAAAUAUAACGAAACAGCUGAUAAAAUAACAAGAAACGAAUUGUGUAAUGAAAUCAACACUUUGCCUAUAAAUAAAGGUUUUCCUCUAUCAGUAAAUUCAAACGUAUCACGUGAAAGGGACAUUCAGUCGAACCAAAUGCUGAGAAAUCCUGCUGCAGCAACGAGUGGUCAUCACCGUCCGACAGCUUAUGAACCCAGAGAAGCAGUUUUACAGUUGGCUUGCGAAUUUCUAUCUACCUGUUCCGGACGUCUUUUGGAAAUGGAAGAAAAACAACGUAUAUCUGAUCUUUUAGACGCUAAAUCACACAUGCGAUUGGCCGAUAUAGCUCAAUUCUUGCUGAAACAAGUUUCUAACAGUCCAGAUUUCCUAGUUAGUUCAGCCUUACAACGUUAUUUUCUGGAAGUGCUGCCAGUUAUCGAUUGGAGCCAUGAAUCACUGAGAUCGUGUAAAGCAGUGGAAUGUCUUCUAGGUCGAUUGAAUAGGACGCUACCAAAGAUGCUUGAAUUCGCUAUUAGAUCCAAGGCGACUCAUCGUUGGGACGAAUUUGUGAAGUUGAUCCGAUCAGUUUAUUAUAUACUGAAAAGGAAUCGAUCUGUAGCACACAUGAAAGAAAUUCGCGUUUUGGCUGAGAUUUUGAAGAAAGCUAUAGUUUUCGACGUAUCUAGAUGUUUAUCUAGCUUUCCUAAAUCACGUCUAGAUGUUCAACCUAAUCAUGCGACUAGUCGUUAUGGUAGACCAAGCUUUGGUGAAGUUUUGUUCGGAAUUACAUCGCAAGAAUCAAGCAGUAUAAGUGCUUCUGUAGGAGUUCCGAAACAAUCUAACAAAAUGAAACACAUUCCUUUAAAUGGCGAUGCCGGAUCAUAUUGUUCACCUAGACACAGCAACCAAGAAGCUUGGCCUGAAACUGACCUUGACGACAGUGAUAAAUAUCCCUGCCAGUUCACUACUGAAGUGAUUCGUCUUUUAUCCUUAUUCUUACAGAUUUUAGGACCCCACUGCAGUUUGAAAGAUUUAUGUGAACGAAUUUCACCAGAGUACAACAUUCGUUUCCCAACAUUACGUGAAGGUGGAUUCCAGACGCUUGUAAUUUACUUAAACAAUUUAAUACUACCAAUGUUAUUCCGAGGUUGCGCUGGACGUAAAGACUCGCCAACUCUUUCAAGAGACAACGUUUUCUAUGCCCUGGAUGUAUGUAUAACGGCCUUGUUUGCAACAGAUUAUGCAUCGAAUGCUGAUGGACAAAGAUCCAUAUACCAUUUGACCACCAUAAGUAAUUCAACUCAACAACAGCAACAAACAUCUGAAUCGAGCCAAUCAGGACCCCUGUCUGGUAAAUUGAAGGAUAAGAGUAAUAAAAGUCAAACUACAGGAUUUGAACUACGCACAAAUCCAAGUAUAUCACUGAAUAGACAAGCAACUGGAUCCAUUGCACAAGACAAUACUUCCACUAUUACCACUUCCAAUAACAACUCUGCUUCAAUAAAGCUAAUUAAUUUAUCAAAUUUAUCAACAGAUUUCGAAGGUGGUUCGUAUGCCAGUUUAAUACGUUUACUUAGUCCAUCGUUGGUUAAAAUCCUGCCUGAUGAAAGUGGACCUUUGAAUACUUCCGUACAAAUUACCGUUUCAAAUAAGUGUCAAGGGAAACAAGAUAGUUUUCAGUUAAAAUCACGUCCUUCUGUAAUUCCGAAUUUAAACAAAACAAGUAUAUUAACUCAAAAAAGUCGUCCACAAGUAUAUUAUUCUAAACUUUUAGAUCCAACUUCAAUUAAUCUUGGGUUUCCCAUAGAUAAAAUUAAAAGUUUUAAGGCCGAGUUUGCACACCGGCUUGGAUUUUUGGGACUGAAAUUAAUUCUUGCAGCAUAUACGCGUCAUGCGGCUGUCCGAAUGAAACUGCUAGUAGCUGCAUUAACACAAUUAGCUUUGAAUGGUCAAAGUGGUAUCCAGCUGUGGAAAUUUUUCGAUUUCUUAGUUACUUAUAGACCACCACUAUUUGUACACUUACUGCCAUUUAUUCGAUUCAAGAUGGCUCUACUUCAAUGUGCAAGUCAAGGGGAACAAGCGUAUCAACAAAUUGUUAAUCAAAAAUUAAUUGGAUUACACUUACCUAUCCCACAAACAGUCGCUUCAAUAUUAAGAAGUCUGUCAAAUGAACUGCAAAUUAUCAACUCCGAUAUAAAAGCGUUCAGUAAACGAAGUUACAAUGAAAUGACUUUACCUAGAACAUCAAGUUUACAUGAUUCAUUGCGUCGUUUACGCUCAUCAGAUAAUACAAGUUCCGUUUCAGCUCGUAGUAACAAGCAUGCUAAAUUAACUAAAGUUGUAUCGAAAAAUACAGAUGAAUAUACACAUAAAUCUUCUCACAAAGUAUCCUCAAAAGAUCAAGUAAAUCAGAAACCCCAAUCAUAUGUUCUGGCUUCAGUUACAUCAAACUCUACAUGUAGUGUAGAUUACCGUGAUGAAAAUACCAUUGGAAUAUCAAAUUUGGACAGGCAUUUACUUGGAAGAAAAAGUUUCAAUCAGGAGUUUCGACAAACUACUGGAGUACGAGAUCCUCGAAAACGUAUCCAUGCUCAUGAGGGUAGUUGUCUCCUAGUGCGAACUAGAGAUUAUGGUCAAACGGAUCCAAUCUUAACUGCUUCUGCAGAAAGUCUAGUAAGAAAAAGCCAAAAACCAGGACAUAAAAGGAAUAGAACUCAGGAGACAAAGCUGACUGGAAAUGCUCAGAUGUAUAAAAAUCUUCGUACUGAUACUUUAAAAGCCAGACUAUCUAAUGAUUCAAAUGCAGAUAAUCAAAGUGAAAAUUCACUAGUUAGUGAAGGGUUAAUAGCACCACUUGGACCAGCAGCUGCUGCUGCAAUCGCCUCAUCACUUUAUGGAUCUGGUGAGAUAAUUUUUAUAAAUACAUUCAAUGUAAUAAGUUCUACAUGCACAUACUUACUCAAGUCAAGAAAUAGAUAGUAUUAGAUCAGUACCUUGUGAAAUAAAAGAAUACUUGGGAAGUACUGGGGCAGAACUAGUAAAGUGGUAAUUAAUUCUAUAAACACUCAGCACAUAUUUGACACAUGAACAGCCAAUUAACGGUUGUCUUAUUACCAUCUGUCAGUCGAAUCUAUGAUUUUAGAAGAUAUCUAACAGAAUUUUCUCAAUAGUACUUGAUAUGCGCUAGCGGUGUUCCUGACAAAAUUGCUGGAAGGAUCCUUCGGGGUCAUUCGAUUAUUAUAUGAAAAUAACAGUUCGGUUAUUUGUGUCUUAUUAAUGCUGUACAACACAAUAGUGUUUUUAUUGCUAACAUUAGCUAAUCUAAUAAGUGUUCUAAAGAAAGUUAUUUCUCCCGAUUAGAUUUUAGGAAGCUUUCGGGUUCCAAUAUAGAUAUAAUUCGAGCAUAAUACUAUGUUUAACAAUCCUUGAUAAUAUAUAAUGCGAAAUUAUGAGUCACCGUAACUUAAUCCCAUAUUUAGUCUAUGAAAUAGAAAUAAACUAGCUUGUAAACGACAUGUAAAUUGUAUAUUAGUAGCAAUAUAUGAGAAUUAAUCAGAAUUUUACAUAAUAUUUUGAUUUUAUUACCGUUUUUUCUAUACUGGUUAUACAGAUGUUGUACAUGAUCCUAACCAUGACAACCUCAAACCUCUCAGUCAGCACCAAACAAAAGUUAACCUACAAUUACAGAUCGUAGUUAGUAAACUGACUUCAUUCUAUCAAUAUAUUUCAUCAUGCUAAAAACCAGAUUAUAUACGGCACUUUAUAAUUUUUCGAAUUAUCUGUUUGAUCUUUACUUAGGUGCUCCAUAUCUACAUGCACAAGUACGAGCCCGGCAAGAAUUAGCCUCCCUAGUCAGAACACCAGCACCCAAGCUGAAUUCACGUGAAAAGCUAUCCGAAAUUGACUUCGCAUUCGUACCAGAAGUAAGCGGUGAUGACAACGAUAAAAAAUCACCGAUUCAACAGAAAUCCAAGUACCAAUCGAACCAAACUAAAGUAGAGCAUAAAGUUACAGGGAAUUUCAUGCUGAAACUCGAAAACUUAGAGGAAAAGUCUCCAGAUGAAAAGGAUCAACUGCGGGAUAUUACCAAAUCGCCAAUAACAACAUCGGUUGUCGUUGGUACAGCUAACAUUUCAACUACUAAAACGGCAACAGAAGCAGAAGCUCCUAGGGCGGUGCAAGUGACUGGUGAUAAAAUUAGUCCAAUGAUUUCGAGAAAGUCUAAAAUUAAUUACGUCUGAUUUACACUUAUCUUUUUUGGCAUAAGAUUCACUAAAAAUCCAUAAAUUUAAGCAAGACUCACGAAUGUCACUUUGUUUUCUAACGCGAGCAAACUAUCAAGAAGUGAACAUUUAGUAUUUUCUUUAACCUAAUUAGAAUUCUAAGCACUACUUCCGUUUUCUUUCUUUUUUGGAUUUUCUAAGUUGACAUUUUCAUAAAAGUAAUAUUUAACCAUUACUAUCAUAUUCGCUUCCUUCUUGUAUGUGAUUAGAAUUGAGAGAAAUACACAGAAUCUUAAUGACGAUUCUAAAUUUCGUUCAGAUCGGCUUACAGUGGUUACUGAAGGUUAAGGUUUCUGAGCUUAAUUUUCUAGAAAAGAAACAUCGUGACACCACUCACCUACAUCGAAAAUAUUCUUUCUACCUAAUAACCUACUUUAAAAUUAUCUACUGUAACUCACCAUUCGUUCAAGAUCUUUUGUAUUCAAAGUGAAAACCUCUCAUAGUUAUGACGAGUAACCAUACUUAAACAUGUUAAGAAUUAGGUUCAGACAGUACAUGAACAAACAUAAGAACUAGUUAAAUAAAUUACAUUCAUGACAUGAAUACCAUAUGAGAAGAUAUUCGUCCUUAAGGCAAACCAGUUUUGUUGUUUAAAAUAAUGAAAUCUGUAUUCCAUCAACUGUAUGGUAAAUGUAUCACACGUGAUGAACUGUGACCAAAGAUGGACUAGUUUAGUCUGAUACAUUUAUAAUAAUUCGAUGACCACUUCUUCAUACUUUACAAAAUACUGUGUACUAUCAAAGUUGUUAAAAUAAGCUCUAAUUUUCUGCACGGAACCUAAAUACAUACCAGCUUUCACUAGGAAACCGCUUAUGAGAUAUUAAUAUGUGGGUAAAGUUCUUUACUGUAGGGAAACUUACAAUUCUUGUUAAAUAUAACCCACUACUAGUAAAAUAUCGCAUGAUACAUAUAAUCACCUUUAUUUAUAAAAGUACUUACUUAGAAACCAGUUUGUCGUCCAAACAAAUAGAGAAAAUAGUUCUUAUUAUGGGCAAACUUAUCUUCAAACGCUGACUCCAAUCUGUAAUAUUAGCUGAAUUAUUUACUUCCAAAUUAGACGAAACUUAUGAAGUUUAAUUAUUCUAAUAAUUUUAUGAAAUAAGUCAGAAGAAAACAUCCCCGUGCAAAUCUGACCAAGUUCGUUGUUAAUUACCAGCAAAACCAUACCCCCUUUGUUUCCAUCUGUAAUGAAAAAUAAGCAUUCCGAAAAACGUAUGUGUUGAGGAGAUUAAAGCCUCAGUCAGUCAGCUACAACGUAGGACCAGGCACAUAUGUGCAUCGGUUCAAGUUGCCAUAAGCCUCAAGUACAGUAUAUUAAAAACCAAAUGUAAGACCAUACAUUGGCUUCCUCUAAAACCACAUCCUCGAUAACUAGUCUUUUCCAUCACAACUAUUACUCUUAGUAUCCCUACAGCUCUAGGAUCCGCUGUUAACGGGGUGUGACAUCUUGAGCUGAUGUAUGUGUGCUGAAUCCUACGCUGCGUAUGACUUACUGGCUGAGACAUUACUGGGGAUCAGUGUAGUCCAUACCGAAAUUGAUACACAGACUAAGUAGUCAUGCUAUUUUUGUGUACAAUGUCUGAAGUGGUAAUUGGAAUUAUCAGUAAAUGAGUGCUAAUAAUCCCAAGUAGCACAACUGAGGACAACUACAUUGUCCCUUUAAGGUAACCGAGACCCUUUAGAUCUCAUUAUUCACAACCUUAAAUACAUGAGUAACUAAUCAAUAUAGUGACAACGAAAAUUUGUGAUAACAUGGAUGAUCUCAAGCUAAGUGUGGACAAUCGAGCAAAUUUCGACUACUCUACAUUACAUUUUUUACACAUUAAUACAAAUACGGUUGUAGGCAGCUAAUGAAAAACCACGGAAUAAAACAAAUUCAUGUUAUUAUUUCCCCCCCCCCAAAUGCCCUGGUACGGCCGAAUGUGGGGAGAGUCCGCUCUCCCGCUCGAAAUGCUCUCACAUGGCCACGCGUAUAUAGCAUCUGCCAGGGAAGUCUUACAUACUGCCUUCUCCUGGCUGGGGUGUUGUUUAAGAAAUUGAGAGAACGAAAAGCGAAUGUCCGGCCCUUUAACUGGGUUGGUGGACACGGAAAGUUCACCUAGAGGAGUUGGAAAACCGUGAUUCCAAACCAAUGAUGCACAUGGGCUCCAGUAUCUUGAGAGAACAAAUGGCGCAUGAACCUGCUGUUGGACACUGACUACCAUGGGACUGUAUUUCCUUACGAUGCUCCACUGCCUUGUGGAUCAGACCUUUAGGUCAAAGGCACCGGGUGUGGCCUCCUAAGAAAACCACCUGCUUGUUUGGGCACCUGGGUAGUAUCACAGCCCUCACACAAAUCAAAUGAGAUUUGUGAGGCGCAUAUUUAUCUGGUGCUUCCUUGUACCAAUAUUUGUGUUUAAAUAAAUAAAUUAUGCAUCAAUUGGUGUUUAGCCUUUAUUUAAAUUAAUGAGGAGAACCACUUGUGUGGAAUGCGCGGAAAUCAGACAGUCAUGCUGGUUAAAAUGAACGUGGCAACCGCAUGGGGAAUGAACGAUGUGAAAGCCUUUAACUGGUUUAAGAUUUGACAAUAAAGUAAAUGACAUCACUAAAACAUUUGGAGCAGUCACAUCAGUUUAAAAUCGUAACUUCCACACUAAUCUAUGAAAUGGGGAUUUUACUGCUCAAUGUUCGAAUGACGACAAGGUUACUUGGAGUUAUCUUGUAUCUGAAACUUGACGAUCCAAAUAUGAUUGUAGAGUAUGCCAAGGUAUUUUAUUCAUACCUUUAGCUGCUAGUAGUAAGGCUCGAUGCACACAAUGAGUGAGUAAAAAUUUCAAAUGAUACUGUUAUCAAAACUAGUAACUGCUUUGCUACUAUACGAGCUUUUCACCCUUAUAAAAUGAACACGCUACGUUAAAACAAUUCUAAGGACUUUAUAGUAAUCGGCUUAGCAAUUAGAAUGAAAUGUGGUCAUCGAGUGAAACCAGAAAGUAAAUAGAUCAUUUUAAAAACAAUAAGUAGCAUAGAGAUCCAUAAAAAAAACUGUAAACACAAUAUAUACGAAGUACAUAAAUAAAUAUAAACAAAAAGCAUAAUUAUAGAAAGCGUAUGUAUAAAAGAACUGGAAUAAAACGAAAUUAGUUCCAAUACCUAAUCAAGGAAAGUUAUUCGAACAAUCACUGACGUGACGUAUACGCCAGUGUAUAAAUAGUUGCUGACAAAAAAAGAAAAGCAGUUCCAAAGUUAGUGUGGAAUGAACCAAACAUAAGUUGGUAUGAAUGAUAAAAAUCCUACAAUUUAGAGGAUUUCAAAUACAUAAUAGUACUAUG